AUGACAAAUCCAGUAACUGUUGGUAACAUACGGUAUUAUGUUUAUUCAGAUCAUGUUAAACUCGGUAAAGAUGAAUACGAAAUUAAUGGCGAACCUACAGCUGCUAUCAGCAGGACAGCACUUCAGGGCCAUUUAGUUAUUGAAGAAUCUUUUCGAGGCCUUCCUAUAACAGAAUUAGCUGAAAAUGCAUUUUUUCGUUGUAUUUUAGUAACAAAUUUAACAAUUAAGGCAAAUAUUAAAGUAAUUCCUCGAGGGUGUUUUGGGGAUUGCUAUAAUCUCAAUCAUAUUAACAUUCCAGCUUCGGUCGAAACAAUCGAUACUAGAGGAUUGAUGUUUUUUAAUAUUUCAGGCCUUUAUUAUGAUACAGUUGGAUCAUGUACUGUUAUAUUCAGAAAGGGGUCUAAAUUACGUAGUUUGGGUCAAGAAGCUUUCGCUUACAAGUCACAAGUAAUAUUAUUCUUCGAAACACCUGUUUCAUGCAUUCUUGGCAAAGAUGCAUUUAAAUCUGUCCAAGAACUAUUGAUUUAUUCAGUAUACCCAAUGAAAUUAGGCAAUUAUCCUGUUAUUUAUCGGCAUUGCUCAUGCAUGUGCAACGUUUAUAUUGGUUAUCUCUUUAGUAUUAUGAAUUUAGGGUUUAUUAAUCUUUUUUUAUAA